CGCGGGCUCCGGCAGCAGCGAGCGGGCUCUGAGUGCCGAGUGUGUGCCGUGGGCCGGCCGCAGCUGCCGGCUUUGGCGGCAGUCGGCAGCGCGUCCCGUCCCGUCCCGUCCGGUCCCGGCGCGAGAUGAGCAGCCCCGAUGCGGGCUACGCCAGCAGCGACGACCAGGUGCAGGGGCGGUGCUCGCUGCCCAUCAUGAUGCCGGCCAUGUGCCCGUGGGCGGCAGAGGCGCUGAGUCCGCUGGGCGAGGCGAAGGCGAAGGGCGGCGCGGCGGCGUCGGGGCCGUCGGGCGGCCGGAGCAAGGGCGAGGCGCGGAUCCGGCGUCCCAUGAACGCCUUCAUGGUGUGGGCGAAGGACGAGCGCAAGCGGCUGGCGCAGCAAAACCCGGACCUGCACAACGCCGAGCUCAGCAAGAUGCUGGGUAAAUCGUGGAAGGCGCUGUCGCUGGCGGAGAAGCGUCCGUUCGUGGAGGAGGCGGAGCGGCUGCGGGUGCAGCACAUGCAGGACCACCCGAACUACAAGUACCGGCCGCGGCGGCGGAAGCAGGUGAAGCGCCUGAAGCGGGUGGAGAGCGGCUUCCUGCAGCACGGCCUGGCCGAGGCGGCGGCGGCGGGGCCCGGUCUGGGCAGCGAGGUGUCCGGCGGCGUCGGCGGCAGGAUGUGCGUGGAGGGCCUGGGACUGGCAUACGGCGAGCAGGGCUACGCGGCGGCGGCGGGCGCGGGCCACUACCGGGACUGUCCGCCGCUGGGCGCCGCGUUCGACGGCUACGGCCUGCCGACACCGGACCCGUCGCCGCUGGACGCGGCGGAGAGCGAGGCGUCCUUCUUCGCGGCGGGGCUGCAGGAGGAGUGCGCGCUGGUGCCCUACGGCUACGGCCCGCACCCGGCGGCCGCCGAGUACCCGGCGGCGGCGGCGGCGGCGUCCGAGAGCCCGUCGGGCGGGUCGCUGCGGCGGCACCUGCCGCCCGGAGAGGCGCUGGGCGCGGGCGGGUCGCUGCAGGGGCUGCUGGGCUGCCCGGCGCCGCUGCACGCCUACUACGGGCAGUGCCAGCCGCCGGGAGCGGGGCGCGGCCCGCUGCCGCCGCCGCCGGGGGCCGCGGGGCAGCCGUCGCCGCCGCCGGAGUCGGCGCCGUGCCGGGAGCAGCUGGAGCAGCUGCGGCCGGAGGAGCUGCUGGGCGAGGUGGACCGCACGGAGUUCGAGCAGUACCUGCGCUUCGCCUGCAAGCCCGAGCUGGGGCUGCCCUACGGCGGCCACGACGCGGGCGCGCUGUCGGCGCCCGAGGUGGCGGCUCCCAUCUCGUCGGCCGUGUCGGACGCCAGCAGCGCCGUCUACUACUGCGGCUACCCCGACUUGUGAGGGGCUCGCUGGGGCUCGGCACGGACACUGGCAUGGAGGCGCCCAGCCCCGCUCCUAUUUAUGUAAUUUAUUUGAAUCUUGAGAACUGACAGGGUAUCUGUGACCUACUCGAGGUUUAAAAGGUGAUGUGACAGCAUCUCGCUGUCUAGGUGGUGCAGGUUUUACCAUCACUGUCCGACAGUUACAUCUAAAAUUGUUGCUGUGGUGGAAUGAUGAUACUAGGGGCACACAGAGAUUAUAAUUUCUGUGAUCUUGUUAGAGAUCCACAUGCUUUUGUAUGUUUUACAAAGUGCUAUGUUUUAUAUGAUGGAUUUGUACAGAAUGAUUUUGCACUUUUACAAUAAAGGGAAAAUAAUAAAACUGGUCUCUGGUAA